UAUUUUUUUCUAUUUUUUAGGUGUUGGUUCUUGAUUUCUUCGGCACACUCAAGUGACUCAUUUAACAAUUUUUAUAAUUUUUAUUUAAAAAAUAUAAACAUUUCAUAAAAAAUGGCUGCAACUUUAAAACCAUAUUUAACUGCCGUGCGUCACACCCUAACCGCCGCAAUGUGUUUGACCAAUUUCUCAUCACAAGUUGUCGAACGCCACAACAAACCCGAAGUCGAAGUUCGUAGCAGUAAAGAGCUUGUCCUCACGCCCGUCGUUAUCUCCCGCAACGAAAGAGAACGAGUAUUAAUCGAAACCAGUGUCAAUUCCGUACGCGUUAGCAUUGCCGUCAAACAAGCCGAUGAAAUCGAGAAAAUCCUUUGCCACAAAUUCACCCGAUUUAUGAUGAGAAGAGCCGAGAGCUUUGUGAUUUUGCGAAGAAAACCAAUCGAAGGCUACGACAUUAGCUUCUUAAUCACCAACUUCCAUACUGAGCAGAUGUACAAACAUAAGCUUGUUGAUUUUGUCAUUCAUUUUAUGGAAGAAAUCGAUAAGGAGAUAAGUGAAAUGAAGCUUGCUGUUAAUGCCCGAGCACGUAUUUGCUCGGAGGAAUUCUUGAAGCGAUUCUAAUAUAGAUUGCUGAUACGCAAUUGCAAAAUAUAAAUGUUUCCAUUUCUUUAAAAAACUGAUACCCUUACUAUUAUAUGUAUUAAAUGUAGCUGUCUUCGUUUUUUUUUUCUUUUAUAAAUUCGUGGAGAAAUACAAUAUUGUUAUUUGAACUG